GUGGACGGGAGCCGUAAGUCAUGGAGGUAGAGUUGCAGUCGCCUGUUCUCCUGAGCGCGCCCUUCGGGGUGCGGCGCGGGAAGCGCCGUCCGGGCCGCAGCCGGUGCCGCGGCGGAGGGCGGCCGUGCCUGCGCGGGGUGGCGCCUGCUGGAUCCGUCCCGCCCCGCCCUCCUGCUUCUUGGCGCCGCCCGACCCCACGUCGUUCCUGGGGCUCGAGGUCCCGGCUGCAGUCCGCGAGGACGUGGUGUGGGGGCCGAGGGGACGCCUUGCGUGCGUGUGGAGGCUCUGUGGCCGCGACAGCCACGGCCCGAAGCUGUUCACCGGGGCCGGGUCGUGCACGCACAACGCGCCGUUGGUUAUAGUUUUUGUUCUGACUGGCUUUCGCCCCUAAGGGAAGUUUUCGCUAGGUGGUACCCUGAGCAGUGUGGGAAGUUUGUGUAGGAAUACUCGCCUCUGGCUCACAUUUGCAAGUCAGAAUUACAUUGGACAUUUUGAGGCCACUUUGAUAACGUAAAACUAAAUCACAAGGGUCUCAUUAACUGACCGGAGAUCGGAUUCAGUGGGGUUGCCUCAAAAUAAGGAUUUUACUUACAUUCCUGCCUCAGGGAGUUCAGUGUCAGUCAUCUGUCAGCAGUUUUAGCACUCUGCUACUUUCUGAGUACUAUGUGCUAGGUGCUUUUCAAGUAUUAUCUCUAAUUACUGCAACCAGAGAAGGUGAUAAUAUUUUGCACCGCUUUACAGUUAAAAGCCUCGGGUAUGUUAAGUAACGUUUUCAAGGCAAGCGGUAAAGAGUCUGAGAAAGGAUUCAAACUCAGAUCAUUCUAGCUGUCAAGCACAGGCCGUUUGCACUACCCCAUGCUGCUCUGGACAAGACACUGAAGUAUCAACAAGGGCGUGGGAGGUGCACACAUGUGUACAUAAGCAUGCAGGGUUUCUGGCUUCUAGGGGGGGACAGGCAUGUUCCUGAGUGUAAUACACAGGAUGAUGUAUUUAUUGUCAUGAGUGACAAUCAGAGCAUUGCAGCAUCUAAUGUUUGUUGAUUUGAGGUUGGAUUUUAUUGUCUAACAGAGUAUGGGCUUAAAAGUUAACCUAGAAGCCAACUUGUAGAAUUGUAUGUGUGUUGGUAGGGGUAGAAUAUAGCCAUUGCUCAGAUCUGAAGGUCUUGGAGACUUGGAGGGGUGUAUUGCAGCUCAGGGUAGGAGGAGCCAAUCAUUCAUGUAACUCUUAUUUUUCAUUUAUUGUGUGCCAGGGUCUAUGCUGUGUCCUGGGGUUACAGCAUUGUAUAAGGCGUGGUCUCUGUGCUCUAAGAUCUUACUGUUUGGUUGAGUGUGAGGGACAACUGUGUCGAUCCAGUGCCUACAACCAAAAGAGACCCUUUUUACAACUUCAGGUGCCAAAUCCAGGGCCCACUCUGCUAGUGGAGUAGAUGGGCUUUUGUGCAGAAAUAUCAUUUAUGCCUGUCACCUGUCGCUCCAGAACUACAGCUCAUUCCUUUAGAGUUCGAAUCCUUUUUAAAAAUGCAAGGAGUCCCUUCUGAUGUGAAUAUGACCUUUUAGAGUUAUAUUUCUGUGUUAGUCCAGAGACAAACCACACUAGUUUUUGCACUAAGAUAAUUUGGUAUAAAGAGUUAACUAGGUAAAAAUUGUUAACUAGUUAUCUGAAAGGAUAAAAAGAGAUCUCUGCAAGUAGUAUUGUGGACACGGCAGCUGCGGGAAGCAGUCACUCCCCCUAGGACUGAGGGAGCUAAGGGAAGUGGUCGGAAUUUUAGAGCUUAGAAACUUAGAGGAGGGCCCCUGCCUGGCUGAAACUCGGGGGUCUAAGGAGGAAACUGUGCUGCCCAGCUACGUGUAAGGGCCUGGCAAGUCUGGGAAGCAGAGUUCUGAAGGGAAGGCACUGACGCAUGGUGUUGUCUGUGGUGGGCAUUCGGUGGUAAAGCUGGGCCUACAGGUGUCGGGAAGACUGCAGACUGAGUUCAGCUGCUGCUGCAGGGCAGUGCUCAAAGGAAUAGGAAGCGCACAGGAAGCCCCAGGCUGCAGGCAGCGGGAGCAAGUCCCCUCUCCCCUGCCGUCCCGCAGUGCUCCUAGGGGUGUGCACCGACUGGCUGAGCAGGUGUCCCACAGGACCACUGAAUAUUCCACACAAGUCUCUCGGGCAGCACCUCACCUGCUAGGGCCUGAAAGGAUUGGUUGACAGUCAGGCCUGAGAGGGGGAAGUGAAGCCUUUGGGGACAGGAAUAGCGGACAGGAUAACAGGGUGAUGCUGACCGGGAUGGAGGAACUUAAGCUGGCUGGCUUACAAAUCAGGGAGCUGCCAGAACUUACUGAUGUUAGAACACAGAGACCCCUGAACUUGAUACAUCACAUAAAGACCCCAGAUAUUAAUAGAGGAUCCUAUUACCACGUGUCUUUCUCCUUCAGUGUAUGAUAUGAUUUGUAAACUUGGGUUUGAAGCCAGAGAAAAUUGCGAUAUCAGUAGUAUUGUAACUCAAAAUGGUGAAGUAUGCUGGACGACAAUUACAGACUGUGUGGUUUAUACAGAAUCAGGUUUGUACUUUCUCUGAAGCCCAAAUGCCCGUCAAUACUGUUGCAUUUAAAAUGUCUUGACCUGUAAAAUUUCCCUCUCUGCUCAUUGCUUUUUGGGUUAGGAGAUGUUACAGUACAGCCUUAAUUUGAAAGAGAAAAGGAAUCGAUGUGGCAAGAGGGAAUGAGGCAGAGAAGCAUAGGAAAGUUAAGGGAAAGCUGGGCUCUGAAAACCAGGUGUGAGAAGGAAGGGGUCGGGAGGCAGUGAGGGCUGAGGGGCUUUCAGCUUACGGCCUGUGAUCCAGGUGGAAGAGGGAAGAAGAUAGAAGUCAUAUGAAUUAAGGGUGUAGAAUGACCAGUGAUAUAUACAAUUAUUUUAAAUGUCUUCCAGGCAUUCUUGUAUGUCUUUUGAAGUAGGGAUGUGGGAUGGGAAAAAUAAUAAUAAUUGUAAAAAUUAUAAGGGAAUGUGCUGUGGCCCAGCAAUUCCAUCCAGGAACGUACAAGACAGGCCCAGUCACAGGUAUGAACGUGUGUUUGUGCCAAGUUACUGCAGCAUUUUGUAAUAGAAAAGAAAGAAAGAAAGAAAGAAAAAACAUUGGAAAUAGCCAAAUGUCAAGCGGUAGUGGAUUGAUUAAAUAAAUUAUGGGAAAAAAAAAAAAUGCAUGCAAGGGAAUAUUAUGCAGUGGUGAAAAAGAGUGAGGAGGCCCAUCUUUCUGAUCCAGAAAUCUCUCUGAGCUGUAUGGCUGAGUGAAAAAAUAGGAGGAGCACAUACAUGUAUUAUUUGCUUGUGUAUGUAUAAAUAUUUCUAAGUACACCCAAGGAAUUUAUAACAGUAGCUGCUAUAGGAAGGAGAACUGGUGGCAGGAGGGAGACUUUCACCGCUUUAUAUUUUUUGGUCGUGAACCAUGUGAAUGUUCAACCAAAACUUAUCAAAAAAACAAAACCAAAAAUUCAUAUUCUAAAUACGUUCCAAAAUAAUAAUAAUAAUUAUUAAUAGUGUCACUGGAAAUCUCAUAGUCUAAUAAUGUUACAUUAAAAAGUCAGGUUAAAAUAUUAUAUAUAACAACAUGAAGCUGAUUUUGUACAAACUUAUAUACAGAUAAAGAGAUUAAAAAAAUGAAAAAAUAUUUGAACCUUUAUUUUUCAAACUCGCUAAUGAGAGUUUUUCUUUUAUAAGCAGAUAAACACUAUGUAACUUAUUUUCAACAACAUGAGUAUCUUUAUUGUAAGUCCAAUUAUAAACUGGUUGCCAACUUUAUGGAAAUUUCAUAAUUAAAGCCCUUUUUCUUUGAUGAUUUAGGCCUUUGCAUCACACGAUGUGGAGCUGUGGUACUAACUUGCUUUCUUAUCCUUGAAGCCCAGGGUCUGGAUUACCGGGGAAGCGUGAGGCUGCUGGGCCCUGUGUGCCAGGCUGUCCACUUACAUUUGUCGUCUCUGACCAAGGGGCAAUUUGAAACGCGAUAUUCAUCGGGGUUCCAGUGGACAGGUGUUCCAGAGUUAUUUCCUGAAAUGUUUGAUGCCUUGGGAAGUCUUCAAUCUCUUGCUAUUUCUCUUAGCUUAAUGAAGCUGACAUCAUGUCUGGAGCGAGCCCUGGCUGACGUGUAUUUACUGAUUAGGAAGGAAUGCCCCUUUCUUUUAAGAGAUCUGAUUGCAUCUGAGGAGCUCUCUCAAGUCUUUGGGCAGUCUGUGAUGGACGUGCUCAAGGUCUUCGUGGGCUCUCCGUGUGGACUCAACCUUCGCAACGUUCUGUGGCACGGCUUCGCGGCACCUCAGGAGAUUCCUCCAAAAUACUGUUCAAUGAUGAUAUUGUUGACAGCAGGAUUGGGUCAACUACUAAAGGGUUACCUUCAACAAACUAAGUUCACAUUGGCACAUCGACCUUUCAUAACUCUUACAAGCUUAGAGGAUUUGAUCGUUUUCCCUGAUGUUACUUAUGAGGUACUUUCAGUAUUAGAAGAAGUGAUGAAGAAAUCCACUUUUAUACUAAAAAUCAUGUUGCCAUAUUGGGAAGUUGCAUUACUCAACUUCAAGUCUCAAAGGUUUGCUGACUGUGCGAUAUUGUUAUUGGUGCAACUAGAGACUGGACUUAGGAAAGUUUUUGCCACAGUUAACAAAUGUCCAAAGAGACUUCUGACUGCUGAGUCAACAGCUCUUUAUACUACCUUUGAUGAGAUAUUGGCAAAACACUUGAAUGAUGGUAAAAUCAAUCAACUUCCUCUUUUCCUUGGAGAGCCUGCAAUGGAAUUUCUCUGGGAUUUCCUGAACCAUCAGGAAGGUCCCCGUCUAAGAGAUCGUUUAAGCCACGGGGAAAUCAGUUUACCUGAAUUUCCGAAAGAAGCAGCCAAUCAGUUGCUUGCAUUUUCCUUUGUACUUUUACUCAGAUUUAUUGACGAAGAUCUAUUGUCAGUGUUUAAGCAGGAAAAGGCAGCAGUGAGAGCACUGGUGAGCGUUGCAGAAGCCUACGGCGCUCGCUGCCAUCCAGUUUCUCAGCUUAAAAAGCAGGUGCUGAGCUGUGAGAGGAGCAUCGGAGUUUGGCCUCUGCUGCCUUUGCCUGAAGGAUCCGAAAGGGAGGCUCAGCGAUCAGAAGGUAAUUCUGAAAUAAAUGCCUGCCACUCUUUAAUCACAGAAAUCGUGGCUGAGCUGUGUCACCACGUGCCCGAGACCCACCGCGUUCCUCACGACUCGGAGCACCUUCCGCCUGAGAAGUGGCCCCAGCUGCUCCGUGAGCUCUGCAGCAUCCCUGUCCGGACCCUGUUCUGCCCCAGAGCCGUCCUGGAGGUGCUGGCCGUGCUCCGGAAGAUCGGCGCCCACUGCCACCGCGUGUGUGACCAGGUGGCCGCCUGCGCGGAGCUGAGGCGCCGGCAGUGGGAGGACAGGAGCCUGCGCUCCCGGCAGCGGCGGAACUACCUGCGCCUGGUUCACAGUAUUAAGCUUCUGUCUCCUAUGCUUUAUCUGAUUUUAUUGCUGAUUGCACUGGAAUUGGUCAACAUUCAUGUGGUUCUUGGGAAAAAUACUUCGGAAUAUCAGCAGUAUCUAAGGUUCUUAAAGUCCAUCUUGCAGUACACAGAGAACCUGGCGGCUUACACCAGCCAAGACAAGAACAAGUGGGAUGAAGCUGUCAAUCUCACACAGGUGGCCUUGUUGAAAAUUUGGACUUUUAGUGAGAAGAAACAAAUGUUAAUACAUUUAGCCAAGAAAUCCACGAGUAAAGUAGUCUAAUAAGUCAGGAUGCUUUGGGAUCUAUCAGAAAACCCGACCUGAAUAGACUUUACAGCAUGUGAGUUGAAAAUCCAAAGGCAGGGUGGAUUCCAGGUACUGCUUGAUCAGGGCACAAGGUCCAUUGCUCUGCAGUUUCCUGACUUGCUUUUCCCAAGUUGUUGGUGUGAACCUCAGGCUGAAUCCCUGGGAACUGGCCGUAGCAGUUUUGGGCCUCAUCUCCCAAUGCAUACUGUCCAGAGGAGAGAUUUUUCUCACCCAGCUGUCACCCAGGAAUGGGCGGCUUCAUCUUACUGGCCACAGGCCUAAUCUUGAAACGAUGGCUGUGGCCAAGACCCUGCCCUGCACUCACCAGUCAGGCUAGGUGGACGUCUACUCCUGGACCGGCCACUGGGGCGUAGAGGGAGGGCUUGGGCUGGUCACCCUUGUCCCUGGAGCUGAGAGUGAGGUUGAUAUGAUUCAGAUCUCGAGGGAGAGGGUUGGGGAGGAACAGCUCCUGGAAGACGCUGGGCAGCACGCCUAACGGUCUGCACGUCCCCAGGUUUCCAGGUCUGGCGGGUUUAGUGCAGGAACCAGGAGGGCGGAGGAGUGAGGGCCAGGGCUGCAGCCAGAAGAGCCGGGUCAGCCCUCGCAGGAUGCCCUGGGUGGCCACUGCAGGAAGCUCGUCGUCCACUUCGGUGGCAGCAGCAAGGCUGUGUUUCUCCAGGAACCCCUGCAGGGCUGCCCCCAACCCCAGUCUGUGUGUGCUCGGCUGCACCCACCUGCCGUGAUGCACAGCCUUCUCCAGCCUUGCUGGCAGGUCUGGCCUCCCAGGAAGGACUUCCCACAGCCUGUUCUGGCUUCUCAGCUGUCAGAGAUGAGCGUGGAGGCCGCCGUUGGGGAGGUAGGGCCGUGUGACAACAGCCAUCCGUGUUCCAUCUGUCGCUUCACCAGCCCAGUACCUGCAACCCCCUUGUAAAGUGAACUUGUGGGUAAAGACAGUGAAACCUG